AAUAUGUCGCUUCUGGCAAUCAAUCAAGCUUAGUCAACCUAUUUUCUCUAUAUUGGCCAAUCAUUUUCCUUGUUAAGAAUCUCUUCAGUAGUUUUCAAGAUGGCAGCAUGUUCGGGUAUGGAGGAGAAGACCUCUUCCUCUAAAGACAGUUUGCCUGUGAAAUUUUAUGUUGAGGAUGGUCUGAAUCAUAUAGUCCGUGAGAAUUGUUAUAGUGAUGUAACUAAUAUUAAUAAGUACCAUGAAACUUUUUCCGAGGUAUCAAAAGGUUCAAAAACUGGUGAUCUAACUACUUUAUCAGAUGACGAAUUCCUCCAUUUACUGAAAGAAGCAAGUACUUUCAAUAAACCUAACAAUCAAGAAAGUGUUCUUUUGAAACAGUUAAGAAAAGAAGUUGCUGAAACUGAACCUCGUGAAAACAAUCUUGUGGAAUCAAGUUGUGCGUCUGAACGAUCUGAAAAAAGGCACACUAAAAUAUUGUUAUAUAGUGAAACAAAUUCUACAGCUCUUAACUCUAGUGGUAAUAGUUCUUCUCACCAUCGAACUUUAGAAAGUAAAAAGAAAGUUAAGAAUAGAGAAGAGCCAAGUUCUAAAAGUGCAUUAAAUGUAGACGUGGGUCAAAACAAUAUCCAACAAUCACAAUCACUGCAGGAUUUGUUAAGUUCCGAUUCAUCUAAGUCAAAACAAAAACCACAGAAAGCACAACGGACGCUUUCCUUAUCAUCAUCAGAAACUGUAGCUGUUGAUUCCGAUUCAUUCAGCUCAUCAUCAAAAACUAGCAAAAAAUCAAAUAAAUCAUCGUCUGGUAAUAGUUCCAAGAGUGAAUCGAACAAAUCAGGCUUAAUUAAGUGUCAUUCUAAAACAUCAGGUAAUUUUGUAUCACUAUCAAUUAAUCUCAAUGCUGAAAGUGAAAGUCGAAAACAUGAACCAUGUGCCCAAAAUGACAGUUUGCCUUAUCAAUCCCUAGUGACUGAAAAUGACAUUCCAGUGUCAGGCAGUAGGAAGCAGAAAGAGAAUGAAAAUAUAGCAUAUGUUAGCCCUAUUGAAAUAGAAAUGGAAGAAAUCAAACCUGAUAGUAAAUCUAAUAAAGAUGAAACUUUGUCAAGCAAAGCUGUGGAAAAAACAAAAAGUGGUUCUCAACAAAGCAAUAGCAAGUUCUAUGUUGAUUGUAAUGAUGUUGAUUCUACUGUGACUUUUCCAUUGAAGUUAGUUUCUAGUAUUGAUGAUCAACCCAAUUCUUCUGAAUCAAUAAGUGAACAAAUGAAACGGCAAGUGAAUUACCCACUUUCUCCAUGGUCUCGCCCGCUUCAAGUGCAGUCGUUCUUUAGCUCUUUACCAAUGGAAACUGAUCCUUUUUCGACUAGAAAUGAAAAACAGCUGUUGAAUACUGACAUCAAUGGCAAUCCAUUUUCUAGAGCCUCACGUCCUUCGAGUCUUGCAUCAUUUGUGUCAACCACUUUAUUAGAUUAUAACAACAGUACUUUAGUGGCAGAAAGCAAAAAUAAUCGUAAAAAUAAGAGGCAGAGGAAUUCUGUGAACAAAGGUGUUUUAUCAGAAAAUAUUGAAGGUCAUCGGGGGAAUGAAGAUUUAGACAGCUUGGUUCAAUAUAUAAAUUCAUCGGAUAAAAAAAGUAAAACACCAAUAAAGGGUGGUUCUCAGAAUCAUGUAAUAUCAAAUAAAAGCAGCAUGAAUCAUGAUCAAGAAAAAAAGAAAACCUUUGGAAAAGAAAUAAAAAAUUGUCAAAAAAAUGCUGUUAAUGGUGAUAAGAAAAAACUAUCUCGGUCUAAUUCUUUAGAGGAUUUGAACCAAAAUAAUAUAAAUAAUGAUGCAGUUGUCUUCUCAGCUCAAACAAAUGUUCAAAUUAUGGAUGUAUCUACUAAAGAUCCUAAAGCUGCUCAUCUUGAAAAUGCAGUUGUAAAAAAUCUUGAUAUAAAUAGCAAUGUAGAAAAUCAGUUCUUAGAUACUUCUGAUAAAAAGGAUACAGGUAUAUAUGAAUCAAAUAACCAGGCUGUAAACAUGGAAGACAGUGUUCCUGAAGUUUCAAGUUUUGCUGCUGAUUUCUAUUCAACUGCUGAUGUUUCUUCUCAAACUGUUGAGGAAUCAGGAUUUCAUAUAGUUAAGAAAAAGCAGCGUAAGAAACAUCAGAGCAAACGCUCAGAUUCAUACAGGUGGCGUACUGCACAGACUCAACGUAAGAAAGGAAUGAUGCUGUCAUUAGCUGAAAGUAAGUGUGGCAAACAAGAUUCUCGUCGUAAAUCUACAAGUAGUGUGCCGCAUUCGGAGCAUUCUUCAGCCGACAAUUCUGACUUAGAUAGUGUCCAUUCUCUUCCAGUGCGAGGAUCUGUUCCACAUCCGACGCAACCACAUCCGCAUACUACUCCUUCUUCUUCCUCGUCAACUCCUCAGGCUUCAUACGCUGAUAUUGCUCGAAUGCCCAUAUCAAAAAUUAGUGCUCCCUCUCCAUGUAUUAUCACUUAUAGUGCACAACAGACUUCUACUUUUAAACAGCAAUCCAAUGAAUAUGAAAUCAGGAGGACUGAGAAUUCUACCUCAGGUGGCUAUGGUAAACGGAAAGAUGAUAUGCGGGAUCUCGCAUCUCUGAAUAAUAAAGGAGCUUACCGUGUAGUGACUGUUGAAAAAGAAGGUGAUUCUAAUACUUCCGAAAUAAAAGUGAGGUCGUUUACUAGAUCAACAAGAGAAAUAAAUACUCAAACCGAGCCAGAAACUGUCAGUAUUCCUGAAACCCUCAAAAUCGACAAUGCUAAGGUGAAAGCAAAUCAAAAGGAAGAAUUCAAUAAAGGUGCAUGUAAUGUAUGUUUGUGUCCAUCGCGUAAAAAUUGUUCUUGUUCUAAAUCACAUACCUCCAGCAAUCGGCAAAAAUUGAAGAAUUCUGAUAUUCCUCCUGUCAUUAUGGAUAAUAUGCCGUUAGAAUCUAAUGCAUGCAAUGUUUCUUUUGGAUUUGGUAUAGAGGAAGUACUUGAUAUGAGUGUUGAAAAAACUUCAUGUUCGUCAUUUGAAACUUCCAUUUGUGAUGAGAUUCCAGGUAGACAUAAUGAUUCAGAGACUGCAGGAAAAUGCUGUAAUAUUAUUCAAGUAACAGGUGUAAAUACUAAGACGUGUGUUUCCGAUAGUGAUUCUCCUGUUUAUAAUAGCUUGCCUAAAGACAUUAAAUCAAACACUGCUCUCAAAGUUGAUCUCUCUCAUCCAUCUAGUCAUCUUAAAACUGUUUGUUAUGGUACUGGUAAAAACUUAUAUUAUAGUGAGCCAGAAGUAAAUAUAAGGAAAUUCAAUCUGUCGGAGCUAUCCAAUUUCUUAAAAAAUCAACAUCAGAAUGUUGAAAAAGAAAUAGAAGGUUUUAGGAAGAGUGAGACCAGCUCAAAAGUGAGGUACUAUAAUGAGAGUAUAGAAGAGGCAUAGUUCCUUUUGGAGACACAGGCUAAGAAUAUUGUGUAAACUGUGCUACUGGGUCCAAUGGAGUUGAAAUUAAUUUUCUGAAAUUAAAAAAAAAAUAGUGGUUGCAAUGUUUUAGUCACUUUAUUUUUUUGUUCCUGAACAACUCAUAAACCUGCCAUUGGUGGUAUAUUAUAGAGAUGUUGCUUCGAUAUAUAUAGACAUGAAAACUGAUUACAGUAGCAAAUUUGAAUGUGUUAUUCCAGGGACAAUUGAAUGUGACAAUUUUGGAGUACAAUUUCGAACCACGUAAUCAGUAUAAUGCCUUCUGGCUCUAGUGCUGUGAUUUCUGACUUUAAAUGGAUAGUUAUAAUUGUAGUAACUGAAUAAAUAUUCUUUUUAAAUGGAAGCAUAUGCAAGCAAGACUGAAUAGUUAAUAAAUAUUUGUUCAAGAAACUUUUUUUAAGAUGUUGCCUCAAAUGUGUUAUGUAUGAAGACACUUUUCCAGUUAUUUAUAUAGCAGCCGCUCGAUAAUACCGACAUUGUUACUACAGUCCUAUUUGUGCAGAUUUCAGACAGAAGCCAAGAGCUGAGUAAAUUUGAUGGCCAAAUAAAUCGCCUUUUUCAGAAAUCUCCUAUGCAUGUUUAAAACCCUGCUUAUCAUUAUAGGUAACUAAAAAAGAAUCUACUCUUCAAUGUAAGAUUUUUGGAAGAAUAAAUUUCAUUAUAUAUAUUUGCCUUACUGUAUAAUUCUUGGCGAUUAACAAGUUCUGAAACGUAAGCUAUUAUAUGUAAAUGUGGAAGCAGUUUUUACUAUAUAUCAGAAAUCUUGCUUCUGAGCCAUGUUAUUUUUUCAUAUCGCUUUAUUUCUGUGCUUACAGAUUAUCGAAAUGUAAAUCGGAUGCAACAGUUAAAUGUGCACACAUUUCUUUCUAUAAAUUAUUUAACAUGAAUUUAAAAAAAAGAGAAAGCAAGCAAAUGAGUGGUUGACUGUGCUGGCACAGACCUAAUAUUUUCAUCAUAUUAAGUAAAGUUAUUUAUCAAAUUAGCUUUAAAAAUUUCAGUGUUUUUCAUGCAACAUGGAUUUUAGAUUGUUCUCGAGCUAGUGUUACUAAACUUUUGUGUUACAAAUCUGAAGUCUGUAUGUCUGAAAUUGUUCUGAGUAUUAAUUCUUAAAAUUAAAAAAGAUAUUAUUGAAUGCACUUUUUGAAGUUGAUAGGAGUUUUAUAAAUUUUAUUUGGAAUUAAUUAUUAUUAUUUUUAGUUUUGCCUGAAACAUGAAUAAAUUUCUUGGCUCUGUGCAAUGGUUGUGAUUAUUUAUUCAGUAAAAGCUUUAUACUGUUAUCAUAUAUGUGUAAAUAGGUUGAAGAAUGAAAACAAUUUUAUCUAUUAACAAAUCAUUAUUUCAAGUGUAUUUGAUGUCGUAAUUCUUAAAAUUGCCUUGUUUCUACAUUAAUAUCAAGUUCUGCUUAAAGCAUAUUUUAAAAUGUAACAGCAUUAGUUUUAUCCACAUAAAUGUAAAUCAUCAAAAAUUUCUUUGGAAUCAAAAAUAUGAAUGUGUGUUUUAGUUUUAAAAAUGUUUAUUCGUUUUUGUCAAUUAUUUUAAAGGGUAUUUUUAAAACUGUGUAAAAUAAUAAAUAUAUGAAAUAAUUAUAUUCAGCAUUUUCAUUAGAUUGUUAUGCCAUAUUUAUUAUGAAUGUUAAUAUUUUAUGUUUAAAUUUUUUUAAUUAAAGUACUUUAUUACAUUUUAUUUGCUGGUAAUUAUACUGUUAAGUUGUCAGUGUGUUAUAGUAUUCCUGAUGCCAAAGAAAGGUUUCAUCCGAGUGACUAUUCCUUUAAGUAUUAUAACAAUAAAAUUUAAAUAAUUGUCCUCA